AUGUAUUCCACUGCAGGUCUCUGCCAAAAUCCUUUUGUUUUGGUUGGCACUCAAUGUGUUCACAUAAUUCGUGCCAACUACACCUGGCACGAGGCUCGUACCCAGUGUGGACUGGUCGGUGGGGACCUGUUUGUUGUUGACAACUGCGAUCAGUACCACAAGGUUGCCCUCUACCUCGAUGAACAAGACUACUCUCCCCUUUGGAUCGGGGGCUCAGAUGAGGCCGUGGAAGGGCAAUGGCGCUGGGUUGACGGUUCGCCGAUGACCAUGCGACUGCCUUACUGGGCACAGGCGUAUGUUGGAUCACAAGAACCCGACAAUCCUGGCAAGCAGAACUGCCUGGAGCUGAACUGCGCGUGGAUGUACCGCUUCAGCAGCGCGUGGUGCAGCGAUAAUAACCAGCAUCCCCGGCGAAGAGAACGACCACGAUCGGGCCACAAGCCUCCAUACUAUGGAAUAGAAACUCCGCCGGUCGGCCUCGAGGAACACUGGAACGACCAGGGCCCGGGCUUCACCACCAAUUUCAUCCAGGACGCUAUGCCAUCUACAGACCUCGGGUGA